AAACAUUCCUCAACUUAGAUUAUAUUUUAAUUAUUUCACACAAAAUAAAAAAAAAAACAACCCAAAAAUCAAAUGGGCAUUAAAAGAAAUAGAGAAGAUUUAGGGCUAGAAAGAACCAUAGCCAUGGCUAACUAUUUAAUUUUUCUAUCUCAACCCCAAAAUCCCGUCUUGGUGGGACCCACUCGCGUUUAUGAGUGUAAGACGUGCAACCGACAGUUCCCGUCCUUCCAAGCAUUGGGUGGGCAUCGGGCUAGCCACAAGAAACCUAGGACGUUGAUGGGUGAUGAUGAUCUUGAUCAUCAUCAUAUGAUGGAAGAUAAUCGGAUGGAUGAAAUUGCAACAUCACGUAUGUCCAAAAUACACGCAUGUUCUAUAUGUGGAUUGGAGUCUUCUAUUGGACAGGCUUUAGGAGGUCAUAUGAGGCGUCAUACGGCUGCCCUUACUGGAUCAUCUCUAAUUCCUAAUUUAUCUUGUGUUACAAAAAAUAAAAUGGAUCAUCAUACUGAUGAUCAUAAUAAAUCAAGAUUUGUGUGCUUAGAUUUGAAUUUGACUCCUUCGGAGAAUGGACUCUUAGAGAUAGGGCAGUUCACUCCGAUUGUUUGUUAAUUUAUUGUUAUAUUUAGUUUAUAUUCUCUUUUUUUUAUGUGAGUUGAUUUAUUUUUUAAAAUUUAUAAUAAAAGAGUUAUGUAAUAAAAUAAUUACUUCUAUCUUCACUACUCACCAGUCAUCAUGGUCCACUACUAUAUCACUUUCUAAA